AUGUUUCCUGCCCGCCUACGCCGACUUUUCAGCAAUUACCAGUCCAUCGACCGCAACGAAGAUGCAUCCACACGCCAACCCGAAGCAUUAUCAGAUGCCGAGACAUUCUACCCUAGCUUGUGGGAAGUGCUCAAGACGCGACAUAUUCUUCAGUGGAAAGCAUUCCAGCAAAGUCUCCCAGCAGAGCUGGUAGAUGCGAUUAUCGAUGCCGCCGAGUAUUGGGCCUCGACAGAACGCCGAAUGGAAGAUGUCAGGAGAAUUACGAGCGAUCGGGAUCAGGUUUUACUGAAGACUGUACCGCUCUGCUAUGACCGAAAGAGUCUAGAGCGAUCAAAGCCCUUGAAACCACUUCCUCACCGCACUUUACACCCCUGCCGGAAGAUAAUUUUCCGCAUUUCAUCCCAUGACCAAGGCCACGGCCCGAUCCGCGAGAAUAUGUACAAUAACUCCUGCACUUGGUUCGACACUGAGGUCAUCAAGGCUGCGCACACAAAGAGCAUGUAUGCCGACGGCACUGAACAGGAGAUUCUGGAUAAUGAGCGCGGACAAGAGAAGAAACACUUUGCUCCUGACGACGAACUGCUCCUUCCACGCAACAACAAGUUAAAAGUCAACGGCUCCCGGGUGUCGGAGCCGCAAAAUUCGGUCAUUACUUGGCAUUAUCUGGACGAUGUUCAACCGGACUCAGAGGAGGCUUAUGAGAUUGAGACGUCUGAAGGUCGUGGUCGGUGUACUUUGGAUGGACAUGGCGUGUGUGAGCUGGAAGUUGGGGACUCUAUUGCUUUAUGGGCUCGGGCGAGGUUUCCGGGGUGGAUCAAUCAUGUGGAUUUUGCGAGUGUUAGGGUCUUCUGGGCUGUCUGA